AUGGUCUCUGCCAGCACGGACGACACCAAGAUGGGUGCCGCUGACCCGGCUCCCGACGUUCCUCGUCCUGUCGAUACUGAGCCUCGCUCUGUCGAUACUGAGCCUCGCUCUGUCGAUACUGAGCCUCGUUCUGCCGAGACUGCGGUCGAGACCCCCACCACAACAUCACCUCCCCACAACGGCCCCGGCAAGUGGUGGCAGGUCCGUCUCUUCCGUGGCAUGAUCAACGAUGUCCGUCGUCGAGCACCCUACUACGGCAGUGACUGGAAAGACGCCUGGGAUUACCGUGUUGUGCCUGCGACGGUGUACAUGUACUUUGCCAACAUCUUGCCGGCCCUCGCCUUCUCCCUCGACAUGUUCACCAGCACCGGCUCCAGUUACGGCGUCAACGAGGUCCUGUUGGCCUCCGUCCUCGGCUCCGUCCUGUUCUCUCUCUUCGCGUGCCAGCCCCUCGUCAUCGUCGGUGUGACGGGGCCCAUCACCGUGUUCAACUACACCGUCUACGACAUCAUGGAGCCCACUGGUGUCAACUAUCUCGCCUUCAUGUGUUGGAUCGGUAUCUGGUCGCUCAUCCUUCACUGGAUUCUUGCCAUCACCAACUCGUGCAACUGGCUGCGAUGGGUCACCCGCUUCCCCUGUGACAUCUUUGGCUUCUACGUCGCCUUCAUCUAUCUGCAGAAGGGCAUCCAGGUGCUCGAGCGACUCCCCGACGGACCUGGCUUCUACCUGUCCAUCGUUGCCGCCCUGCUCGUCUUCAUGGUCGCGUACAUCUGCGGCGAGCUCGGGACGAGCGGUCUCUUCCACCACCACAUCCGCGUCUUCCUCAAGGACUACGGCACACCUUUGACGCUCAUCUUCUUCACCGGUUUCGUCUACAUCGGACGCAUGUCUGACGUCCACCUGGAGAGGCUACCCACCAGCGUCGCCUUCUUGCCGACGGCGGACCGCGACUGGCUUGUCGAUUUCUGGAACAUCAGCGUUGGCGACAUAUUCCUGGCUCUGCCCUUUGCCAUUCUUCUGACCAUCCUCUUCUGGUUCGACCACAAUGUCUCCUCGCUCAUCGCACAAGGCACCGAGUUUCCUCUUCGAAAGCCUCCUGGCUUUCACUGGGACUUCUUCCUGCUUGGCCUCGCCGUUGGUGUCGCCGGUAUCCUCGGCCUUCCUUUUCCCAAUGGCCUCAUCCCCCAAGCCCCCUUCCACACCGAAGCUCUCACCGUCAAGAAGGCUCGCCCCGAAACAGACGAGAAGGGCAACCUGACGGGCUCCCAUGUCGUCGAGCCGAGCCACGUGGUUGAGCAGCGCUUCUCAAACCUCGCGCAAGGCCUGCUUACGCUCGGUACCAUGACCGGCCCACUGCUCGUCGUCCUCCACCUCAUCCCACAUGGUGUUCUUGCCGGCUUGUUCUUCGUCAUGGGUGUCCAAGCCCUCGAAGCCAACGGCAUCACAGCCAAACUCCUCUUCCUCGCUCGCGAUCGAGCUCUCACGCCGCCGGCGCACCCACUGCGUCAAGUCCGCCGUCGUGUCAUCUGGAUCUUUGUCGGCAUUGAGCUGCUUGGGUUUGCCGUCACGUUCGCCAUCACGCAGACAGUGGCAGCCGUGGGCUUCCCCGUGUUCAUCAUGCUGCUCAUUCCUGUGAGGGCCCUGCUGUUGCCCAAGUGGUUCACGGUCCGGGAGCUCGCCGCCCUCGACGAGCCGACUGCCUCGCCGUUCAUCAUGGAGAACGUAGGAGGCGCAUACGGCGGACCACCCGCUGGAGCCGACGACGUGGAAAGGGCCGUGAGCGCCACGGCGGCGAGGAGGCCGAGCAGGAGAUACAGCGAGCAAGAACUGCGACACCGUGACGGGGUGUUUGCUUCUCCUGGAGCUCCGAGACGCAGCGAAGAGGAUGUCGCAGAACGGGGCAUGUUGACGAGCACGGCAACUAGGAGGAGCAGUCGCGGUGCGGCAAGCUCGAGGGCAGCGCUGAGCCGCGUCGGCUCGGGGGGUUCGAAGCACGAUUAA